CUUCCACCAUCUACUCAUCCUCUGUCCAGCUUUACCUACCACACUGCGAUGCCUGAGAACUCAAAGUACAUGGGGCGUAGCCGCGACGUGGCUGUCGGUGCUCCGCCGAUGCCCCCAAAGCUCGCGUCGAAGGAGCAUGAGCGAGCGUUCCUCAAGUUCCGCCUCGCUCAGGCGUACAGACUUUUCGGGAAGCUUGGCUACGAUGAAGGUGUUGCAGGGCACAUUACCGUCCGGGACAGCAUCCGUACGGACUGCUUCUGGGUGAACCCAUUCGGCAAGCACUUCUCGAUGAUCCAGCCCGAGGACCUCAUCCUCGUCAACCACGGCGCUGAGGUGCAAGUCGAGGAGUCGGGCCCGAACGUGCUGCUCAACAAGGCGGCCUUCAUGAUCCACGGCGCCAUCCACGAGGCGCGCCCGGACGUGCACUGCGCCGCGCACUCGCAUUCGAUCUACGGCCGCGCGUUCUCGACGCUGGGCAAGGAGCUCUCGAUGAUCACACAGGACAGCUGCGCGUUCUACGAGGACCACGCCCUCUAUGACCAGUACGGCGGGCUCGUCUUGGGCGAGGAGGAGGGCGAGCACAUCGCGAAGGCGUUGGGAAAGAAGAAGGCUGCGAUUUUGCAGAACCACGGCCUCCUCGUCGCCACGGACAGCAUCGAAGCGACGGUGCAUUUCUUCAUGACGAUGGAGAAGUCGUGCCAGGUCCAGCUUGCUGCUGAGGCCGCGGCGGCUGGUACCGGGCGCAAGCCGAUCGAAAUCCCGGCCGCGGAGGCUGCGGCGGUGUACAAGGUGACCGGGUCCAACUAUGGAGGCUGGUUCAGUGGGCGCCCUCACUUCGAGCUGCUGGAGCACCUGGAGGGGGAGAAGUUCGACUUCGAACGCGGGGAGGUCGUGAAGGUGGCCAAACCUUGAAGUGAUCUCCCGUUUCGUGCAGGGUAUUUCUUGGAGUGUACGACGUCGCCGUGGGACGAUGGAAUCGUUGAUUGCGUGUAUAACCUGUUGAUACGAGUAGAGGUAGCCGUUUGUAAAGGAAAAUAUUGUUACUACUAUGUAUCAGUGUCUGGUUCAGGAGCGUGUCCU